ACUCUAUAGUAGGCUUUGUGAAUUAAGGAGUGUUUGGUUUUUAUAAAUUGAAAGCUAUAUCUCUUAAAAUAUAUCAAACUUUAUUUGAUUAACAAUAAUCGCUAUUUUACUUUUUUUCUUGCGGAAAUGUAAUGAAGAAUGAGUCAGUUGAAAAGUAAAUCGACGAGAAGAUAUUCAGACAUGCGCAGAAGCUGUAGAAGAAUUGCUACGCUAAAAGACAGCUGUAUAAACAUAUCAUUUACAGCAGCUAAACAAGUAUGGAAGUUUUCCGAUUUUUACGAUCUGAUGAAGAUCUUAAGAAAGGCCUUUCUGCGAAAGACCCAGAUGCCAACGUCAGUGUAGAGAAGCAUGUGGUAUCAGGAACGGAUGAUGGAUUUAAGUCGCAGUUUAUUUCGUGUUGCAAGACACUUAAAGCUGCUCUUAUAUUUGCCAAGAAAAGUCAUACAUAUCCAAAACGGAUUGUAAAGAUAAAGAUACGCCCAUCUAUCAACAUAUUGGACCUUACAAUUCCAGACAAUCAAAUGAAAUAUUUUCCAUUUAACCAAAAAGCCAAAAAUUAUGCCAACAAAUUUAAAGAGGUUCUGAUCCUAGGCGAUGUUCCUCCAAAUUCGCUUGCCCCACCCGACGGUUGGUCCAGCGUUCAUAUUCCAGACGCAGCUUGGCUCCUUGUAGAAGGACUGUGAUAUAAAUGCAAUAUUCGGUAAUACUUUCAUUUCCAACCAUUUUCUAUGCAUGUGAUUUCUCUUUAAAUACCCCUCUUUAAGGGGAGGUCAUGUCUGAGACAUUUUUAUCCAAUUUCUUAUUGAUUUUUAAACCCAUUUUGACUUUGUCACUCGUAUACUGCAUUGUGACCGAACUUGUAAUUUCCCGGACUUGUUUCCUUUUUUCUGAAGGUCCUUUUUUAUAGUUUGAAAAAAUGAACAGGUCGAGGGGUGAAAAGAACUGGCGAAUAUAGUUGAUGUGACAGAAUAUUAACUUUCUAUUUAUCCCAAAACUCUUUAUCUAUUCUUGACAUGUGGGUUUGAAUGUUGUCGUGAAGAUAAUCAAUGUAGCAGAUUCCUGAUUUUGGCGCCUUCCUCUCAUAAACUCUUUGAAUUUUUACAAAAUUGUGCUUUCUAGACUCGUCAAGAAAUUAAACGAAUAAGAGU